UGCCAUGAACAAAUAUCUUAAAUUCACAGCAUUACUUGGCUAAGAAGGUUAAUUACCUCUCCGUAGAUUGUUGUUUUUGAGGGGGGCUAAAGUAUUUGUAUGGUUCGAAUGCUGUAGUACUUGCCCCCGCUACCACGGCAAAAGUUUGGUUUAUUACCAAACCCUUUCUUGAAGAACAAGAAACAAGGAAAAAAGGAGAAAGAAAAACGUGUUUAGAUUGUUGAAAAGAUGUCGAGAGGGACUGUCGUGGUUGUAAGCGGGGUGAGGCAAAAUGACGGAAACAUCACCAACUUCGUGUUGGUGAAUUGCCUGGUUGCUGCCUGGGCUGGUCUCCUCUUUGGUUACGACACAGGAGGUGUGAUUUCGAGGGAAGCUUUUCUGAGGAAGUUUUUUCCAUCGGCAUUCAAAGAAAGGGAAGCGGACAACGAAAACAUGUACUGCAAACCGCAGAACCAUCUGAUGAUUUUGUUCACCUCUUCUGUCUACAUUGCAGCAAUGGUAUCCGCCCUGGUUGCUUCUCCAGUAACCAGGGCCUUCGGUCGAAACAUUUCCAUGCGCAUUAGCGGCGCUACCUACUUGAUCGGUGCCAUCCUCAGUGCCGCUGCAGUGAACGCUGUAAUGCUCAUCAUCGGUCGCAUUUUCCUCGGCAUUGGCAUUGGUUUCGCCCUUCAGUCGAGUAUAAUCUUUUUGUCAGAAAUGGCGCCGGCCUUUAUCAGAGGAGCUCUCAACUUUAUCCUCCAACUGAAUGUGACAAUUGGGAUUUUAGUGGCGAAUUUCGUCAACUAUAGCGCCGGACAUAUAAAAGGUGGAUGGGGAGGGAGAGUUUCUUUAGCAUCGGCAAUUAUUCCGGCGCUACUGCUUUUGGUCGGGUCUCUCUUCCUGCCGGACACUCCCAAUUCCAUGCUUGACAGAGGCCAACCGGCUGACAAGGUAAAGAAACUGUUACAGAAGAUUCACGGCACGUCAAAUGUGGAGGUGGAGUUCCAAGACCUUGUUUUCGCCACCGCGGCUGCGAAAAAAGUAAACUCGCCGAUGAAAAAUCUCUUGUUUCAUCCCAAGUAUAGGCCUUACCUUGUCAUGUGCAUCUUUAUUCCGAUUUUCCAACAGGUCGCCGGCAUCAACGCCAUCACAUUCUACGCGCCGACCCUAUUCAAGAAAUUAGGGUUCGGUCACAAGGCCUCACUUAUGUCCAGCGCUAUAACCGGAGUUGUGAACGUUGUUGCUACGUGUGUUUCUGUCGCGGGUGUGGACACAUUCGGACGGAGGCCCUUGUUUCUUGUAGGCGGUGUACAAAUGUUUAUAUGUCAAAUAGCGGUGGCAGCGAUGGUGGCGAUCAAGUUUGGAAUUUCGGGACAUGGGAACAUGUCGAAAAGCGAAGCGGAUUUUUUGGUGAUUUUAAUUUGCUUCUACGUAGCAGCAUUUGCUUGGUCUUGGGGGCCAUUGGGAUGGUUAGUACCAAGUGAAAUAUGCCCGUUGGAGGUGAGAUCAGCAGCGCAAGCACUGAAUGUGUCUGUCAACAUGUUGUUCAUGUUUGGAAUUGCUCAAUCUUCCCUCACUAUGUUCUGCCACCUCAAGUUCGGUCUCUUCUUCCUCUUUGCCGGAUUCGUGUUGAUCAUGACGGUUUUCGCGUUCUUUUUCGUGCCGGAGACGAAGAACGUUCGAAUGGAAGCUAUGGACAGUGUGUGGAGGGAGCAUUGGUUCUGGGGGAGGUAUGUACCCGAGCCGCAGGAGGUUUCUGACUGUGAGAUGAAUUAAUCAAAAGAUCAUCGCAUGUUAAUUUUUUGACAAAGUUCUAGGGUGGACUUUAGGUGCAAGUUAAAUGUACAAAUUUACCAUGUGUACUUUCUUUCUUUGUCCAUAAAUGAACUUGAUGAGCAUUGGUUUUGGGAGACUUU